AUGGCCAUUAAGGACUCCUCCUUCAUCAAAGGACCUCCCAGGUUGAGGGGAGACCCAGCAACAAGAAACCCAAAUGUAUAUUGCCAUUUCCACCGAGAUCACAGGCACAAAACAGAGAAUUGUAGGAAUCUCCGCAACGGGAUCGAAGAACUCAUCCGACGCAGAUACUUGAAGAACUUCAUCUUAAGGGAAGAGAGGGGGCAAACAGAUCGACAGACGGAUCGACAAGGGGACCAGAGGAGGAAUGCCCUCGAGACCAGCAGGCAAAAUGAGCAACCACCGCGGCAGUUGCCAGAGGAAAGACCGAUCCUUGGGGUAAUUAACAUGAUUACCGACGGGUCCAUCAUUGCCAGGUGUACAUCAGCAACUGGGAGGACUUCGAUCCACGAGCUAGAGAACGAAGAGGAAAACCCACCAAAGCGACCUCGGCUUGAAGGACCAAUAUACUUCACUGAGGAUGAUGCACGCGGAAUCCAGUAUCCUCAUGACGAUGCCCUAGUAGUGAAGCUGCGAAUUAAUGACUUUGAGGUAAAGCGAAUAUUGGUAAACUCAGGUAGCUCGGCAAAUAUACUCUUCAAGGAGACUUUUGAUAAAUUACAGUUACAGCAAAGCGACCUGAGACCGAUAGAUACUCCUUUGGUAGGGUUCAACGGCGAGGAGGUCAGACCUCUUGGUCGAGUCACAGUACUUGUGGAAGUCGGCACGUGGCCAAACAUCGUGCGAUUUAAGCACACCUUCCUGGUGGUUGCGACUCCCUCCCCCUACAACGCCAUAGUAGGUCGGUCCAUCACGCAUGUUCUAUGCGCGGUAGUGCCCACUUACUAUUUGGUGAUGAAAUUCCCAACUGAUUACGGGGUGGGAGUCGUGCGAGGUGACCAGCUCGAAUCGCGCAAGUGCUACGUAACUGCUCUUAAAGGAAAAGUAAAGCUAGCAGAGGAUGUCGAGCUCAAGUGA